AUGUCAACGACUCAGGAUCUAGAAGAAUUUCCAACUUUAAUUUAUAAUCCACACGAAACUCUUCAAGUCCAAUCCAAAAAUAAAUGUGCAAUUGUAUCAGGCAAGUAUGGCUAUUUUCAUUAUGGACAAAACAAUUUUGAUGACUCUGGUUGGGGUUGUGCUUAUAGAUCAUUCCAAACUGUUUGUUCUUGGCUAAAAUUACAAGGAUAUAUUGAUAAAAAUAUUCCCAGUCAUAGAGAGAUACAAAAGUGUUUAGUUGAUAUUGGUGAUAAACCUUCAAAUUUUGUUGGGUCUAAAAAAUGGAUUGGUUCAUUAGAAUUAAGUUUUUGUCUUCAAAAUAUGUUUAAUAUUACUUCAAAAAUUUUAACUUCAAAAAGUGGAUCAGAUUUGGCAGAACAUGCGAGAGCUUUAAUUUUUCAUUUUGAGAAUGGUGGUGCUCCUGUUAUGAUUGGUGGUGGCCAACUUGCCCAUACAAUAAUUGGAAUUGAUUACAAUCCUCGACUUGGUAAUUGCCAAUAUUUAGUGUUAGACCCCCAUUAUACUGGAACAGACAAUAUUGAUGAUAUUUUGGCUGGGGGUUGGUGUGGUUGGAAACCAGCAACAUUUUGGAGUAAAAAAGAUUUUUAUAAUUUACUUGUUGUAAUUAAUGGAGAAAAAAUUUGUUGUGAAAAUGUUAAAGAAUAA